UGUCGCUCACAGCCGGCGCCGUCCCGCUUUCUGCUCUCCUUGAGCGCGCUAUGCCGCCUGCACACCAGGGGGCGGUGUCGCACUUCGGGGCGUGCUCUUCUCUAUGCCCGAUCGCUGAUUGGUGAGCAGUGCAGAGCGCUCACUCCUACUUCCGGUAGAGUCGGGUCCGCGUGCUUGCCGCUUCCGGUCAGGUUCUGGUCCCGGGUAGCACCUGCACUGCCGAGCUCACGUACCGGGCAUCACGAUUUCCCCCCUCCUCCUCCGGUAUCUCGAUGGAGUUCCCGGGAGUGCUUUUCCCUUCUUACUUCGGCUGCGGCCCGCCCAAGGACGAGGGGGGCCCGGCUCCGGCCGCCGGCUGGGGGGAGCGCGGGAAGGUGCUGGAGGCCGGGCCCGGACAGCGACAGGUGCUGCCACCGCUUGUGCCCCUCCGCGGCCACGAGGGCGAGAGCUGGGCGCCGGCCGAGGCCGCGGCAGUGCCGCUGCUGCCACCCAAUAUGGGUGAGGGUCAGAGGGUGCGUGGGGGCCGAGAAUGGGGCUGCCACCUGGUGUCAGGACAGCCUUGGCAGCCGCCCUCCCCACCGCCCCCUGCCCCCCCCGCAGGCUGCUGGGUCCCCACUGUCACCCCUCGGGAUAUCCUCUACCACGGUAUCCUGCACAGAAAGCUGCGGACUGGGAGGUCUGGGGCUGCGUUGGACUUUGCCAAGCAGCUGGGGCACUUCUUUGUGGAUCACCCUGAGGACGCCUUCAGCUCCCUAGGGCGACUGCUGCACAAGAACUUCCACCUGGGAGACUCCAGGCUCAGGAAACGCAGUGUCCGGGACACAACCAUCCGCAUGACAUCCCUGGUGGAAAAUAUCAACCAUAUGGAAGCCAGGCGUGGCUGCCCUCAGCAUCAAUUUACCUCCCGCCUGCGCUUGUUCUCUCACCUGUGCCGGGACUGGCUCUUUGAGGUGCCACUGGGGCUGCUGGCCGACUGUGUGCAUGAAGAGCUGCUGCUACAGUGGACCAGCCUGCUCUUCGAUGACAGUUCCACAGGGGGAGCACUAGCCUGGCUGCCUCCUCAGGAUGCAAGCAGUCGCGUGGGACGCCUGGUGUACCCUGGCGGGUUGGCCAUGAACCACCUCUAUUUCCAGGAUGUGGUGCUGGAGGAACAACCUCGGGCACGGGGGCUGCCAGUGCAGUUUGAGCUUAAUGGGCGCAUCUGGCAAGUAGCUGCUACCCGGGUGGAUGGGCAAGACUUUGUCGGCGUUCGCUCUGACUACCACUGUGGUGUUUGGAGGAUGCCAGGCAAGACAGGGGCUGCCCCCAGCCCACUGCAGGUCAUCCACACUGAUGUGCCAGCCUCCUGCCUCACCGUCAGCCCAUACCUGUCUGGGGAGCUGUCAGUCUGCACCCAGAGUGGAGCCGUCUAUCUAUGGAACAUUGAGACAGGGCUGCAGCGUCUCCGCCAUGACCCCCAGACCCUGUUUUUCCGGGACCACUCACCCUGGCGCUGGAGUGACUUCACUGCUCACCCACGGGUGCUGAGCUGUGCUGACCGCACUGGCAUCCUGUGCCUGGAUGCUCGGGCCCCCACCAGCUGCCACUUCGACUUCUUCAAGGUGGGUGAGGAAGCCAAGUGCGAGCAGGGUGAACGCGUAGUACUGCCCAUGUACCUAGGUAGGGCUCAUCCCUGCCAGCACCUCGUCGCCACUCAGUUUGCCAUAUACCUGCUGGACGAGCGCUUGCCGCUGGUACCUGUGUUGAAAUGGUCACACAUGAUGAAAGCACCCCCACUGUUUGCUGACAUUGUGCCGGGGGAGUCUGGAAGGAGCCAUAAAGCGCUGCUGGGCACCUCUCAUACUCAGGAACUGCUGCUGCUGCAGUACACAGGUGAGAAACCAGGUGGCAGCCAGAAGGCCUGCCAACUUGCAGGGCCACCACAGCAGCUACACAGCAUUGCCAGCUGCCUACCUCACCUCCCCACACAGCUCCCACACCAGCACCACCUGCUCCACCAGCGCCUCAGCAUCCCCGCAGCUGGGCUGGCUGCCGUGCAGCAUGAGCAGGGCCAGCAAGAGUCCCUUCUGGUGUUCCAGCUCUCCGAGGCAGGUGAUGUCUUCUACCAGAUGCUGAGGCAUGAAGCAGCACUCUCACCUGUUCCUGACCAGGGGGACGAGGCAGAACCAGCUCCCAAUCCCAACAAGGAGGAUGAGGCAGCAGCACCCCCCAGCUCUCCCAUUCUGUUUGGCAGCGAGGAAGAAGAACAGGAAGAGGAAGAAGAGCAGACUUUCUACUUAUCCAAUCUGGAGGUGAUAAUCAAUGAUGAAGAGGAAGAGGAGGAGGGGGUAGUGGCCACGCCAGCAGCCACUGAGGAACCUGAGCCCCAGGCCAGCCCCAAGUCUGUCCCAGAUGUGCCCAGCGCACCUGCAGCUCUGCGGUACCGUCGCUGGCUGCGGGCAUUGCUGCAGGCAUGGAUGGGCUCCCCAGCAUCCUCCUGCCGAUCAGGGCCCCCUACCCUCAGCCAGCGGCGCCUCUUCACCCGCAAGGAGCUGUCAGAGAUGGCACCAAGCGUCCUACAGCAGUACCAGCUGCAGCUGCGCCAGGCCAUGCGCAAGCGGGGCCGCAUCCAGCGCUGGGAGCCAGCCCCAGAACCUCCCGGCCCACCACCCUCCUUGGAACCCAAUGCCUUGAGUGCCAGGCUAACAGCAGCAUGGAGAGGCGAGUGGGGGGCUGUGGGGCCAGCCGGCAGCACCCUGCAGAGGCAACAAGCACUGCGGGAACGGCGGCGGAGGCAGAAGCGCAGCCGGGCUCACCGCAGCCUUUCGGCCAGCUUCACCUCCUCCAUCACCUACCAGUCUGAGCUGUCCGAGCUCAGCGAGGGCGGCACUCCCCGCACCCCUCCGGCCACCCCACGGGAGGUGGCGGUGUCCUCUCCGCCCGGCACCCCACCACCACCCCCCACCGAGAUCCUGCUGUCCUCUCAGGAGCUUCGAUCCCGCGGCAUCCCCAAGGAGCGUCGGCGCACGCUGCGGGACUACCUGUCCGUGUGGGCCGAGGGCCCGCAGGAUCCCCCCGAGGCCCCCAGCAGCAUCACGGUGCAGCGCUGCAUCCCCUCCUCGCAGAGCCAGCUCUCCAGCUCACAGAGCCAGCUCUCCUCCGCCUCGCAACCGCGUCGCAAGCGGCCCCGUAUGGGCUUCUGAGCAGCAAUAAACGCGGAGCGGCACGGCUCUCGUUGUCAGGAUCCUUGGGAGAACCCACGCAGAACGCGUGGAGGUGGCGGCGCGGGCGGGUGUACGCUCGUCGGUGUGUGGGUGAGCGGGCAGCACCGCGCUCGCUUCCGGCGGGGUCCUCGCAGCGCGUGACGCGGUGCCGUCCGUGUCACGCGUGGGGGCGUGGAGGAGCGUGCGGGCCCUUUAAGGUGCGGGA